AUGCUUGAUGAAAACGAAAAAUCUACUGAUAAUUUCGAAACAAUAUUAACAAAUGCAGCUGAUCCUAAUAAAAAAUUAACAAUUAUUGAUAGAUCUGGUCUCAAAAUUACGCCUUCUGGGCUAAUGCCACUCACAGAAGCCGAUGAUAAUGAAACAAUUUGGGGAGGAAGCAUUAUUUUGAAUUCAGGAGAUAUGGGUUUGUGUUUCUUAUCUUCCCAAACAAUAUAUAUUUUGUUUCAGAAUUUCCUUCAACAUCUUACAAACUUCGAGCAACAACAAAACGACAAUGUAAAGGCGGUGUAACUUGUAAUCGAAGUAAAGGAAUUAUUCCAAAAAAUCAAAUAAUUGUCAUUGCUGUGAGUAUUUUUCCACAUUUUCUCUCCUUCCUCAUAUUAUUUUUUCCAGUUUCAACUUCCUGAAAGUUCAAUAACAUCAACAAGUUUGACAUUAUUGAUUGAUUGUAAUCCACACGAAAUUCCAUUGUACAAAGUUCCAAAAGCUGAUUUUUAUUGGCUAGGAAGAGAUACAAAAGGUGAAUUUCUUUUUUUUUCUUAUCAAGUUUAUUUAUGAUUUUUAAAAUAUUUCUCAGUGCCAACAGCAUCACAACUUCGAACCGAUCAUCUUCUGAAAUCUACAAAUAUUAUGAAUCAUCUUCGAAGUUUUGCCAAAGAAAUUUUCCUGGAUCUUGCAAAUCUUGAAAAUGAAUUGAUACCAUUUCUAGAUAAAAGUGAUUGUACUUUGGAAGAAGGUAAGAAAUUUGAAAUGUUUUUUUCCAGAAAGUUAUAUUUUUCAGAAAUUGCGCAAGAAAUACUUCGUCGAUUCCAAAAUGUACAACUUUCCAAAUGA